AUGGAUGAGAUGAGACUGAAAGGUAUUCAGGAGAAUCUUAAAGGUCUUAAGAAAACAACGAAGGAGGUUGUGAGAUCUCGCACCCCCAUGAAAGAGACAACUGUGGAGAUCUGGAUACAUCCCCAACCACAGCAGCGGAAACCUGAGGGGAAAAAGGCAGGAAAGUCCCAGCGGCGUGUCACAUUUCACCUACCAGAAGGCUCUCAGGAAAGCAGCAGUGAUGGUGGACUGGGAGACCAUGAUGCAGGCAGCCUUCCCAGCACAUCCCAUGCUCUGCCCCUUGGCUAUCCUCAGGAGGAGUACUUCGAUCAUGCUGCACCCAACAACCGCACUGAAGGAGAUGGCAACUCUGAUCCUGAAUCCACUGCAGAAAUAACUGUUCAACCAACUGUGGAAGAGGCCUCUGACAACUGCACUCAAGAAUGUCUCAUCUUGGGUCAUUCUGAUGCCUGCUGGAUGCCAGCUGCUCUGACCCACGCCAGCCCUUCACACGCACAGGCCUCUGCUGUGUGCCACAGUCCUCCCCUGCCAUCGGCCUCUGCUCUCCGCCGCCGCAUCCCUGCAGUGACACAGACAAUUGCUCUCUGCCAUAGCCCUCCGGUGACCCAGGUUAUUGCACUGUGCCAUAGCCCUCCAGCAACACAGGUCUCUGCUCUCCACCACAGUCCGCCACUAGCGCAGGCUGCUGCUCUUCGCCACAGCCCCCCACCAGCACAGGCUGCUGCAGUCCACCGCAGCCCUCCUCUGCCACAGGCUGCUGCCCGCCAUCGCAGCCCUUCACAGCCACCAGUGGGUUUGCAGCAAGGUUGGGGGCAAGGGGCUGGGCCUGAAGGACUACUGUCUCUUGAUCAGGGAGUGCAAGGUAGUACAGGAUCUCAGUUUUAUACUAUGUCUGAAAGAUUUCAUCCUAGUGAUGAUUCAGUUAAAGUCAUUCCUUUGAAAACCUUCACUCCAGGAAAACAGGCUAGACCCUCUAGGGAUGAUUCUCCCAUUAUGGAAGAACAUCCUUUAUAAAGCUACAAUGGCUAAUUCACAUUUUUCAACAGAAUGUAUAUAAUCAAAAUUUAAGAUCCAAUUUCAAUGAAUAUUCCAAAUCGUUAGGUUUGUAAAUAGCUAUGUAAAUAGAAACAGAUACCAGAAUAAACUCUAGAGCUAGACCCUUAGUCAAAAGAUAAAAAUAAAAUGUACAAUUUCUUUCAUUUAGAAUGUGUAUUAAAAAAGAAAAGAAAUUUAAAAUCUCACAUCCUUUGUACAGAAAGGCUUAUCAUGACAGAUAUUAAUAUGUAAUGUAUAGAAUUUCUGAUGCACUGUAAUUUUUCAUUUAUUUUUACCAAAAUGUGCAAUAUUACUGAUUUUUUCCCCUUCUGAUUUUUGUGGACCUAGUAGGUAGCAAAUGGAAAACUGGCAAAUGUCUGAUUUUCCAAGCGUGCCUUUAGUUUAUCUCAACUUUUGUUCAGAUAACAUUUGAAGGUAUAAGUAGGGUCACAUUUUUGUUUGUCUUCUUGUUUGAUAUAUGUUGUUAGUCUCCAGUUUUUUGUUGUUAGUGUUUGUACAAAACUGCACAGUAGGGAGUGUAAAUAUCUCUUAUAUUUUUGUCUCUGUCUUUUUAAUGUUUUCUACCUUUAUUUGAAGAAUAUAUUGUUGAUAUAAUUUGUAUAUACAUUUUCUGUAAAGAAUAUAUAUAUGUAAACUGUACAGAUUUCUGUCUAUAACCUAUUCUCUACUCUUUAGUAGAGUUCGAGACACUGAAGUGCAAUAUCUGUGCCCAAAUUAGGCAAAUAUUUGCUAAAAGGGCCUCUUUCUAUAAAAAUUUGUCUUUGUAAUUUAGUGUAAAGUGCAUCAUAAAUCAUAUUGUAUCUGCCAUUUUAAGCCUAUGUUCCAUUAUUAAUUGGGUUUUUAUCUUCUGAAAUUUGUAUAUAAAAGCCUAGCAAAUCACAAGGAAAAUGGAUGCAUUCGAUGCAUGAUUCAUUUACAACUAUGACUGGAAACUGCUAUUUUCUAAAGACUGUCAGGAAGAGUUAAGUGUUGAUAUGACAACUGAAUAGGCUGAUACCAAAAGAUGUUCAGUAAUAAAAGUAAACAAAUUAAUAUAACUGUAUAUAAAACCACAUAAUAAACCUAUAUGACUAAGGGAUUUUUAUCAUUCUAGCUCAACUUGCUGAAGACAACCACUGAUAACAAGAUGAGAGUCAGGAAGGAACUUUUCAAGAGAUGUACUUAUAAAUCUCCAUCAAAAGUGUUACAGUAUAGAAUUUUAAGGAGAUGUGCAGACGGAGAAAUGAGGUUCAUGACUGCUUCUUGGGGUAGAUAAGAAAUACCCUAAUAACACACUCAAAAAAGACCCAACAAAAUCUCGUAUAUGAAAACAAAAUGUGUUCUAAGCAAAGAAUACAGUAGUAUUCCUAGGGAACAUUAAUUUCCUUCUGUUGUCUGUUCUUUAUUUUCUUUUUUGUCCUUCUAACUGGCCAUGAUCUUCUAUGUGCACAUUUCACCAAUAUACAGGAACAGCACCAACUUAAUUUUCCUCCAUAGCAAAACCAAGAAAAUGUCUUGUUUCAGUAUUAUACUAAAUCAAGAGACAAUUAAUGUAUUAACUGGGGGUGGGGGAAGUGAAUAUUUCUUGUUAAUUAAAUUAGAUGUAGACUUUGUAAUGUGUAACUUGAAGAUAUGUAAUUUAUGAUUAAACUGUGUGUAAAUGUUGUAAUAUAAAGUGUGGUAAAUGUAUAAUUUCAUUAGUGAAGGCUUCCACUGAAUGUUGAGAAAGCUUCUCUUUUUGUGCCCAGCAGAUUACGUAGCGUUUUGAGAAUAUAUUGUUCCCAUUGUGAAACUCUUUAAAUCAUAUUUGAUUUGGUGUGUAGAAUAAAUUCUUAACUUUUAGCUACAAGAGUUUAAUUAGUGAAAUUUUAAAUUAAUUUGUAUUAUUAAUUUUUUUUCUCCAUUGUGUUUGUUAAUAAUAUUCAAAGGGAUUUGCAGCAUACUGGUAGUCCAGGUGCAUGUGAACCCUGAAGGACCGAUGAUGUUUGUAAAUUUAUUGAAAUAUGACUGUGUAUAGGUGUUGAUAUUAUUGUUGAUAUUGUUGACAAUUAAAAUUUAAACCUGGGGAAGAUAAAGAAACCCAGAAUAACAAAAUCAGAGCUUCCAGUAGAGUUUAGGCGGUUUUCUCUCCGAAAACUUGCAAAAAUAAUGUGUGAGUAUUUGUUCUUGUAUUUUAGUUAUUUUCACAUUUUUUUCUCUCCAUAUUUUAGUUAAGAUCUACACACACAAAAUUAAAUAAAUAAAAAAGAGAUAAAAAGGAAAAACUGAAAAAAAUCAUUAAGGGAUACAUUAGGGAUAUGAUUGAUUGCUAUGUAAAUAAAAAUAAGAAUAGGAACCAAAAUUAGAUAUUGGGGAAUUUUUUUCUGAUAGUGUGAUUUAUUAAGUCUUAAGUGUGGCUCUUAAAUCCUCGUAUCUAAAAAUUGGCAAAGUUUUGUUACCUUUCCUAGAGCUAUAGGAAUGAACAAAUAUGCUUUUAUUGCCCUUUCUAACUCUGAUUAUAUAGUCAGACUUAGACUGUGUUCACAAUAUUAAAAGACUGGGCGCCCUCUUCUGCGUUUGUGCCAGAGAGGCUUUCAACGGAAGCAGGC